AUGUUAGAUUUCUUAUUUCAGCAACUACAACUACAACCACAACCACAACCACAACCACAACCACAACCACAACCACAACCACAACCACAACCACAACCACAACCACAACCACACCCACAACCACAACCACAACCAUCACCCCAACCACGUCAACAACCACCACCACCACCUCAACAACCACCACCACCACCUCAACAACCACCACUACCACGUCAACAACCACCACCACCACGUCAACAACAACCACCACCACGUCAACAACAACCACCACCACGUCAACAACCAUCACCACCACGUCAACAACAACCACCACCACGUCAACAACAACCACCACCACGUCAACAACCACAACAACAACAACCACUACUACAGAAACAACAACGACAACGUCUACUACGCAAACAACCACAACAACAACAACAACAACGACAAAAACUACUACCACUAGUACCAGUAAGUAAUAGGCUAAAUAAUGAAAUCCUACUUCCUACAGCUACUUGA